ACUUGUGGGGGUGUCACACAGACAUAGUAAAAUGCAUACAGAAGCAUGCCAAAUUGCACAAAUGUUUGGAAUGUGUCCUCCUCCUGCUUAAUUUUUAAUUUCCGAGUUAAAUGUUAAACAAAUUCAGCCGUAUGAAAAUCCUCAAUUUUAAAUAUCCAACCAGAAAUCACAUCUCCCUUAAAUAUUUAUUAUAACCCCUUUUAUAACUUAUCUCGAAUUCACAUGUUAUAAUUUUUAUAGGGAAAUUCUCGUAGCAUUUAUUAAAUCCCUCCGAGGUUGGGGAUUUGAGAGGGGGGACGGAAUUUCUGGACAUUACGUGGCAAAGGCACGGCACGCAUGGAUUGGGAGCUCCACUAAAAAAACUCCAUCCACUCUCGCAAAAGCCAAAGUAACCAGCAAAGCAGAAGCAUUCAUUCAUCCAAUUCUUCAGUUUUGCUGCUCUACUAGUGUGCUGCUUGUGUGUGGGUCCAGUUCAACUAAAACUUAACUAUUUAACUAUUUAAUUUGGUCGGUCGCAGUCGUCGUCGCAUCAGGAGAAGACUAAAAAGAAAGAUAAAACACAAGAUUCAACAUUACACGUUAAAUACCGGAAAACAGAUUUGGUGAAAAUCCGAAUUUACUAAAAUUGUGUGCAUCGUUUCCUGCUGCUGGAAGCUGCGUCCUUGGAAGAAUUUACUAAAAGAGGAAGAAUAGGAGAUAGAAGACAAAAGUCUUAAAAACCGUGGGGAACACCGUUUUGUUUUUUUAUUUAGGAUUUUUAUUGAAACUAAGACUGAUAAUUAACUACAGUGAAUCACAAAUCGCCAAUAAUAUUGUGUUCAUACUCACUCAUGAAUGGAUCCUAAGUUUGGGUGGUUGCAACCAGAGCAAUUAGGGCCAGCGGCCGAACUUUGGCUGCGUGUUUGGGAAACACAAGUGGGUCAACAGGGACCAGGUCGGGAUAGCAAGGACAUGGGACAAGGAGGACCUCAACCCUCGAAUAAUCAACAAGGUCAUGUUCAAGAUAUGAACAACUUUGGUGGUGGAGGAGGAGGAGGAGGCAACAACAAUAAUAAUAAUAGUAGUAUGAACGGGAAUGGGAACCGUGGUGGUACACCCAACGGGAAUAGUGUUAGUAACAAUAAUUCUGGUCCACACAAACUUGCUCGAAUUGAUAAUCGAGCCAGAAUCUAUGGAUUGGGUCUCCACAAUAAUAAAGUCAAUAUCAACCAUCAACAUGGGUGCCCAUGGAUUGUACAGGGCAAGUUGUACAGCAGAGGUCCAGUUGGAUUACACGAAGAAAUGGAAGACUUUUUCAACUACAUGUCUCCUACUGAAGAAGAACAUUCGGUUCGAUUGAGCGUGGUUCAUCGAAUUAAAAGUGUGAUUCACUCCCUUUGGCCAGAGUCGACGGUUGAAGUUUUUGGUAGUUUUCGAACCGGUUUAUACCUUCCCACAAGUGACAUCGAUCUCGUCGUCAUUGGCAAGUGGGAAGAACUUCCCCUGCGAUCGUUGGAAGGUGAACUGAUCGAAAAGGGAAUUGCAGAACAAUCGUCCAUCAAAGUUUUGGACAAGGCAACUGUCCCCAUUAUCAAAUUGACAGAUAAAGUAACUGAUGUACGAGUGGAUAUUAGCUUCAAUAUGUGCAACGGUGUUAGGUCCGCUGAGCUCAUUAAGAAAUUCCGAAGAUUUUUCCCAGCCCUACCAAAACUAGUUUUCGUUCUUAAACAAUUCCUACUGCAGCGGGAUCUCAAUGAAGUGUUCACUGGGGGAAUUAGCUCAUACUCCUUAAUUUUAAUGACCGUCAGUUUUCUCCAGUUGCAUGAUAGAGUGAAUGCGGGUAACGAAAAGGCCAACUUGGGGGUUCUACUCAUCGAAUUUUGCGAAUUAUACGGAAGACAUUUUAAUUACUUGAAGACCGGCAUUAGAGUCAAAGAUGGGGGUGCUUACGUCGCCAAAGAAGAUAUUACGAAAGAUAUGGUGGAUGGUCAUCGACCGUCCAUGCUAUGCAUUGAGGAUCCGUUGAAUCCAGGGAACGAUAUUGGUCGCAGUUCGUAUGGUGCUUUACAAGUCAAACAAGCUUUAGAAUAUGCCUACAUUGUACUCUCAGAAUGUGUCAUCACCCCUGUGUCCAAUGACCCCAAUCGCCACUCCAUCCUUGGACGAAUUAUCCGUGUGACGGAUGAAGUGAUUGAAUACCGUCAUUGGAUUCAUAAAAACUUUCCUAUCCCAAACUCCAACUCUCACAUUAACCAGCAGCACAUUUCUGCUCGUGUCGUGCCAACAACCUAUUCUCGUCCUGUAUCUGCUCCAACGGUGCAGCAAGGUAGCUAUCCUUAUCCUAACCCCCACUAUAUCUACACUCCAUCACCUUCGACGCCAUUGACAAUGCCACCGCCACCCCAAGAAUAUAUUCGUCAACAACAACUACGGGGAGGUGGCAAUCUUCCUCAACAUAAUAACCCUCGCUCUGGAUCUGGAUCCACUUCCACGACCAGCAGUGGUAGAAAUAGUAAUAGUCCCGAAGUCAUGAUCUUGAGUCAUCACAUCAACAACAACUCCCAACUCGUGUCACAUAUCCCUCCAGCCUCCACUAUCCGAUUCAUGCAAUCUGCCGACAGUGACGAAGUCGAUGAUUCCUGUGGUAACCUAAAUAAGGAAGAUUCUGGUUCCGUAUCGUCACUCUCAAUCGCAAGUGAAAGUGGUGGCGGUUCAAAUAGUGGAAGCCAUCGUAGUAGUCCUGCUCUAGCUGGACCUCGCACUCUAUCAACUACUGCACCAUUCCCUACCGCCAUUUCAACCUCCCCUUCCACUAACAACUCCAUUACAAGUGGUAGUAGUACGACGACAACCUCCUCCUCGUUAAAUACUACCAUUUCCAAUAAUCCUCCACCCCGACCUUUCUCUGUUAAUACGUCCGUAGUCAAAAAAGUUGUUGCGGAGGCAGUGGCAGGGAACGAGCUUGAUAAGGGUAGAAAAAACUCUUUGGGUGGAGGUGGAGAAAGAGUUGUUGGUUCUUCUUCUUCUUCAGGUAGAGGCUUUGACACCCCUCGCUCAUCAUCCAAAAAGCAAUCUGUCCCCCCCUUUGCGCCGGAAACUACAUUGAAUUCUCCAUCAUCCGCCACAACAAGGGGCAAAGAUAGCAAAACUACUGUGAAUUCCAGUUCGAGCACGAGAUCACCCACUCGUUCUCGUUCAAAUGCGGUCCAAUCUGGUUCGUCAGGGUCGCCUGUUACUGCGUCCGGUUCCAGCUCCUUUACACAGACGGUGACAACCGGAACUGCUGUGUAUAGCACUAUCCCUCCCACCUCAACUGCAACGAGUAGUAGUACAGGGUCCACCAAGAGGACGCAACCUCAACAGGAAUUCUAUAAUGCACAACAACGACGCCAAUUUUCUCCAGGAAACCGACUAGGUUCUUCUAGCAGUGGCACCAGUACAAACGCUUCUUGUUCUUCAACCGGUGCAAAUUCCAACUCCUCCUCUACGCGCACUCUGAAUGAUAGAGGCGACGGUGCUCAACAAUUGAACAACCCUACCACCAGCAGUAGUACAAGUAUACCUAGUAGUGGUGGUAGUGGCGGUUCAUCCACCCAUAAAACUUCGUCCACUUCCACCUCCCCAAAUAACAGUCAUCCCCGACCCCAUGCAAAACAGAUUAAAAGAAAAAAGACAAAAACUACUUCUUCCGAAACCAGUAGAAAAGAGUCGUCGCCCGUUUAAUCCUCGCAACCUUCCGCCUAUUAAUUAUUAUUAUUAGCAAGACGUGUGCGUUUUUUUAAAGAUACAAUCACAACUAUUCUUUUUGUCCGUUACUAGUUUUUUUUCGACGAGACCUUAUAUUGACUUCUAUUACGAGUAAUACGAUGACAGUGUGUAUUUUAUCUUAUCUAUCUUGCGCAGCAGCAUGCAGUUCAAAGAUAUCCACAAAUAAUUAUAUUAAUUAAUAAUAUUUUAAAAAAGUUUGUCAUUCAAAAACCACACAUAAUUAAAUAUUUAGAAUGAUGAUUUAUAUAAUAACCUGAUCAAGGGAAAUGUUAUUAAUUGAUUCAGAAUUAUACAAGUGGUUUGUUUGUGCGGCCUUUUAGACUGAAUUUUUCUCCUCUUCACAUAUUUAAAUUUGUAGUAAUAUAUAUCUGAUGAUAAUCUUGUAUAUACUCACAUUAAGAGACGCAGUAGUCGAGAGUGGUAAUAAACUUAACCAAUGCAGAUAAACUACUAUAUAUAUACGUAUACCACACAUAACAGAAAACGGACGACUAAUAAGUAUGCAAAUUUAAACCCUUAUUACCUAAUCAAUUUACACGAUCAUGGUUAUAAUUCUAUGCAGCAAGUGUAGCAAUGAAAUUUUAAGACAGAUCAAUACUACUUUAAUAAUGCUUUGUUAUAAUUUAUCAAUAAUUGUAUAUGAUUGUUGUUACAAAAAAAUAUUACAACUGCCUCACACACGCAUACACUCUUUUUACUUCUACUACUAGUACUAUUAUUAUUAUUAUAUUAUUAUUAUAUGUACAAGCUUAUCUCUCUAUAUGGUUUACUUAACAAAAAAAUAUAUAAUAGAUUAUUUUAAUUUCCGUUUUAAUUUUUGCCUGUAUUGUGAAAGCUUGAAAAAUAUUUAUCAUGUGAAAGUUACACAGUUAUUAGUCGAAUCCCAGUUUUGCUAAUGUAUAUCAUAUAAAGUAACUUUGUAAACAACCCAGCCAAACUCUUUGUUAAUCUGGAAAUUUGAAAAAUAAUAUGUAAAAAGAUCAAAAAACAU